UAUUUUGCGUCACUCUUUCUAAUAAAUCUUUGCUAAUGAUGUGAAGAAAACAGUACUAAAGUUCAAGUCGAAGAAGCAUAAACUUUAAAAUGAAUAACGACGCCUGCAACAUAGUCUUGAGGAAGGGUAAUUACAUAAGUGGCCCAUCGAUUGACUACAAAGCCAUAGAGGGUGGACUUGGAAAGUUUAUGUUCGAUCAAUCAAAGAAAUUCCCAAAUAAAAUAUGCCAGAUUUUUGCAGAGACCGGCGAUUACGAUACCUUCUCGACAUUCAUCGAUAAAUCAGUUAAAGUGGCCAUCGAGAUGCGUAAACGUGGCGUAACUAAGGGCGAUAUGUUAGUGCAUUGUACACCGAAUACCUUGGAUAGCGCCGUUGCGUACACAGCUGGAAUAUUCCUUGGUGCAAUUUCAUCAUCGUUGGAUCCCACUUUACCAGUUAGAGAUUGCGUUCACCUCGUAAAUCUCAUUGAACCGAAGAUGGUAUUUCUCCACGAAAACUCUGUAGAACUAAUGGAAAAUACUUUAUCUUCGUUAGAAGGCACGAGCAAGCCCAGUGUGAUAGUAUUUGGUAAUUCGGAAAAGUACGAUACUUUCAAGGAAUUCCUAAACGAUUCUGAGGAUGCGGAAAAUUUUAAACCAAUUGAUGUUACGGACUGCAAUGAAACAAUCUUGAUAUUGUUCAGCAGCGGUACUACUGGCUUACCAAAAGGCAUUUGCUUAAGUCACAAUUCUUUAUACACUUCAGCUAUGAACUACGAUUGUUACAUUAACGACACACGAGUCAUGAUUCACUUCACAACUUUCUAUUGGAUAUCCGCAUUGAUGAUAUUCUUCCUUCAAUUCAAGAGAGGUGAUACUAGGAUCUUAAGCACUGGUUUCGAAGCUGAAACUGGCCUACGUUACAUAGAGCAUUACAAAAUUACCCACGCUUUUAUGGCCAAUUCUUACAUGCACAAAAUCAUCAGCUACAAAUUCUUACACGAGUACGAUUUAACGUCGUUGACGAAUUUGGGUCUUGGCGGUGGGCCCAUCGGUAAAGAACUUAUGAUGAUCUUCAGGAAACUGUUGCCUGGAUGCUACUGUAAUUCGAUUUAUGGAAUGACGGAAAUCGGUGGUUGCAUCUCUUUUUAUUGUCCUCAAGAAAGCGAGUUGUCCAAUCAAAAUCCGGAUUCUUGCGGUCGUCCCGUCAAGGGAAUUACCAUUAAGGUCUGCGAUACAGAAACUGGAAAGCUGCUAACAGCGAACAAAUCUGGAGAGAUUCGGGUCAAAUAUCCGCACAUAUUGAACGGCUACCAUAAGCAGGAUCAUAGCGAUAUUUUCGACGAGGAGGGAUUCAUUAAGACCGGAGAUAUCGGACAUUACGAUGAAACUUGCAGCCUUUACGUUUACGAUCGCCUGAAGGACAUGUUCAAGUACCAAAGUUGGCAUAUCGUGCCUGCAUCUGUCGAGAACGUGAUCAGGGAACAUCCUGAAGUUGCGGAGGUGGUGGUCUUCGGAAUUCCGCAUGAAAUUGAUGGCGACCAUCCUGCUGCCGCAAUCACUCUGAUCAAAGAUGCUAAGGUGACUGCUCCAGAACUCGAUGAGUUUGUAACGGAGAGAGUUCACGAAAGGCAAAGGUUGCGUGCCGGCAUUUUCAUAGUCGACCAUAUCCCGAAGACACCGACCGGUAAAAUGUUGAGGAGGAAAAUUCGGGAACAAAUUUUAGAGAAAAUUAAGAAAUAAAUGUGUUGUUUCUGUAUAAUAAUAGAUUAUAGACGUGUAGAAGAGUUUUUAUAGGUAUGAUUGAAUGAAUAUAAAUACAGAAAUUAUAUUUGUACAAAGUACAAAUGCGGAAUUUCUGUA